CGUUCGUUGUGUUUCACUUGAUCAUCAUCGUGUCCCAUCCCGAGGGAAACUUGCGCGAGUCGCUUGCUUUCGAGGCAGUGCGACGAUGAGAUGCCUUUACCGUGACAAAAAUCGUGUGGUCAAAAUAUUUCGAUUGGAAUCUUCUUCGUUCGACAGGAAAAGAGACUAGCAGGUUCAGAAUUUUGAGGAAUAAGAGUAAGUCUGGAAGGCUGUGAUGAUUGGAAAAUACUGAAGCUGAAAAGUGUGUGUGGAGUUGUUAAGGAAAAACGCAGAGUGUAUUUCUCAUUGGAGCAAGAGGAGAAAAAGGAAAAUAUCGAAUGUCCGGGAUAUUCAUCUUCAGAGAUGGAUUAGGUUCAAUUCAUAUCUAGAACGUUGGUCUUUCGUUUGCACCAACAGGAAGGAUGAUCCUCUAGCCUCCCAACUCCCGGAUGUAAUUGCCAAAGGCGCAGAAUAGGUGUUUACUAUCCAGAGCGGUGGUUAUGUUAGCAACGCAGAGCCACCCUCUUGGAGGGCGCUUACUACUCGCCCUUUCCCUGCUAAUUUCAAGCUUGGCCUUAACUCGGGCUGCAGCAUUUCCUGACUGGACAGACUGUCCUGCCGUAUGUAGAUGUAAAUGGACAUCUGGCAAAAAGUCUGCUCUGUGUCCAGACGCGGGACUGACAUCUCUACCACCCUCUCUGGACCCAGACAUGCAACUUCUGGAUCUAUCAGGCAACGAAAUACCAGCCUUAGAAUCAGAAACUUUCAAGCGAGCCGGCUUACUAAACUUGCAGAAAGUGUUUCUGCGUAACGCUAAAAUAAAGGAGAUUCACGCUGAUGCCUUCAAAGAGAUGCGAAUAUUAGUCGAAGUUGAUCUCUCUGAUAAUAACAUCACAAGUCUCGACUCAAACACAUUCUUUGGGAAUGAGAGAUUACGUAUUGUAAUCCUAAGUGGUAAUCCACUGGGUACUAUAAAAAGCCACCAAUUUCCACCUCUAAAGCACAUGCGAAAUCUGGAACUCCAAAGAUGUUCGUUGACGCAAAUACACAAAUUUGCCUUCUCGCGUCUCAACGAGCUUGAGUCUUUGAAACUGGAUAACAAUCAUCUGCAAUACGUUCACGUUACUGUUAUCUCAAGCCUUACCAGAUUAAAAACUCUAAGUCUAGACAACAACCGCUGGAAAUGCGAUUGCAGACUGAAGGAAUUCAGAACCUGGCUCAUGACUGAUGGACCCAGUAGGCUCUAUUCAGUGCCUCAGGUUUGUACAGCCCCAGAAAGAUUGCAAGGACGUCAUUGGGAAGACGUUAAGCCCUCAGAAUUUGCAUGUGAGCCUGAAGUCGUUACUCAAGCUAGCAGCACUCAAGUAGAGAUUAAUGGCAAUCUAACUCUCGCAUGUUUAGCCACUGGAGAUCCAGAACCCGAGGUGUGGUGGCAACUGAAUGGAGGGCCCAUAAACCUUACACGAGCUGAGCAACCCUUCUCUGGUGUCUAUUUAAGCUGCUCCACCUCUUCCGACACCUCAGAGGACAUCACAACCGGAGCGAAUGUCAUCGAAAGAUGGAGCAAUCUCACUGUUUACAAUGCCAGCGAUACCGAUGCUGGAGAAUACACAUGCUUUGCCAAAAACGUAGCAGGAUCAGCCAAUAGCGGUCUGAACAUAGCAGUCCCUCGGGUAUUUACAGCACCAACACUUUCUCAAACAGACAAUUGGCUUCUUUGGGUGAGUCUGGCAGGCGGAGGAGCCGCUGCGCUUUGUGCUUCUAUUUCAGCAGUUUUUCUAGCUCUGUGUAUUUUUGGAGGAUCGAGGCGCAGAAGUAGACUUGAAAAAGAGAAACUGCAAGACAGCAUGAGCUUCGGGGACCAGGAAAAAAAGCUGCUAGACUUAUCCGUAACUACAACUACUGGAGGUAGUGGAAAUGACAGGCUAAGUGGUCAAGGAAGCGUAGCAGAGGCAUGCAGUCCUGGUGAUUUAGAAUUAACCGAGCGUGGAUCAAUUUCCGAUGAAAUAAAUGCAGCUAGUGUGACUAUUGAAAGACUUAGACCUGAAAUUUGUAACUCUAAUACAAUGCGCACACUUCCAUGCACUACUGUUUUCCCACCACCGCCAUCUGGAUUUACUACAGGACUUCUACCUACUGGGACGUUCGGGAAUAUUUUUAUUUCAGUCUCGCUUCCCCAGGAUUCAGAACGAUGCUAUCCUGAUCUGCUGGACAUACCAGGACAUGGAACCGUGAGCCACAUUUCAGAGAAACCGGCGGCAACAGUAGCACCGCUGCCCACUGUGGUCUCCAGUUUUGCAACACUUCCGAGGCGAACAUUACGUACUUCUGAUUUAAGCUCACCUUAUGAUAAUAUGGGACCGCGCAUUACUGCAACGGGAAGUUCGACGUUUUCUUUAACGGAUCCAGAAAUACAUAUAUUGACAAACAAACCGCAGCCGGUUCUUCAACCGCCUCCUGAAUUCGUUUCGCUCUAACCUUCGGCGAAUCGUUCACCCAAAUCACU